AUGGCGGAAGACCAAGAGAGUUUACAUGUAUCAGUAGAGAGUUUAAGGCCAAACCUGUAUGAAGGGUGGGGGAAGAAACAAGGAGGAGCAGUGAAGACGUGGAAGAAGCGCUGGUUUGUGUUGAAAGAGAAUCGGUUGUGGUAUUUUGCGUCGAAGACGGCGACGUCAGCGAAAGGGUUUAUAGAGUUAAUACCUGGAACGGAAACAAAAGAUGUUAGUGAGAACAAGAAGUUUAUGUUUUCGAUCAAUUCUCGGAACUUGAAAGGCCCACGAGUAUUUUUCAUAGUGACUGAAAAUUCGAUCGAUCAUGAAUCAUUUUUCAAUGCGGUACGGAAAGCACUCACGAAGACAACACCGACAGCACCUGCUGUAACAACACAAACUAAUGUGUCUACGCCAAAUGCACCACAAAAUUCAGCGAGUGCAGCGCCACAAGCGCCUGUUGUUGCAACGGCGCCAGUGACACAAAACACAACGAGUGUAUCGAUUCAAGGAGCGUUACAGGCGAAAUGUGAUGGCAGAAAGAAUAUAGCGAAAGUGAAAGCAAAGAUCCCAUGGUUACAAGCUGAAGGAGAGAAUGUAGUUGAAUUUUGGAAAUAUUGGAUGGAUUCGACACCACAACCUGAUGCGCUUGAGCCUGGACAAUCGAUUCAAUAUAUGCUUGUUGUUUCAGGAAACACCGACAAGUUGUCGUGGCGAGUGUAUGGCCCACAAGGUGCAUUGAUUCAAAAUAUGGUGGAUUUCUUUUGGAAUGUUGGUGCACCAGAUGAAGAGAUAGAUCAUUUAAACAGUCUUGGGUGUCAAAUUAAUCCAAGUGAAAUUGGGUCAUGGAUUGACAUGAGUGUGAUGAAUGGCAUGGAUGGUGGGUGGUUUUUCAAAGGUGAAUUGUCAUGUGAUAUCAUUAGAGAUACGGCUGACAAAUGUGAACAUUCGGAACGAUUAAUCAAUUGGGCAAAGGAACAUGGACUGAAUUAUAUGUGCCAAAUUGGACGAGACAUGGGUGCUACUCCACCACGACAGUCUGAAUUCAGAUUUAAGCUUGAUGGCGUUGUUAGUACACGAAUGGAAAAGGUUAACUCGGCUUUCUCAACUUUUGGAUUCCCACCAAUUGCAACAAACAUUUCAGAUACACUUGUCAAUCUCCCACCAGUCUACACAUACUUCUAUUUGUGCGUAAUUGUCUCAAGUGAUGGGUUCGUAAAAAUCAGCGUCUUGGUGCCUUCACCAAAACAGGACUUGAUCUUACAAUUCUUGAGCAGUAUGGGCGACGUUAAAGAAACACAAAUCGCACUACACAACGAUAUCAUGAGUACACUCGGAACAACUCCACUCUUCGUCGAGUACACGUACCUUAACCAAGGGUAUGGGUACGACGUCUACAAAGAGGGCGCAGACGUCCUCGUCCACUACAACCUCGGCACAGAAUCGCGUUAA